GGCCAAAUCCCAAUAGGAAAGGAAAAAUGAAAGACUGAAAGAGAAAAUGAAAGACCAAAAAGGUCCCUACCUUCUCCCAGGCUCCUGCUGCCCACUCCUCUGAUCUCCUUAGCCCAGGGAGCCGCAGCUACCUGGGUACCCUGUACAGCCAUGGGGGAAUGGGCCUUCCUGGGCUCCCUGCUAGACUCAGUGCAGCUGCAGUCCCCCCUGGUGGGCCGCCUGUGGCUGGUGGUGAUGCUGAUUUUCCGAAUCCUGGUGUUGGCCACGGUGGGAGGUGCCGUGUUCGAGGAUGAGCAGGAGGAGUUCGUGUGUAAUACGCUGCAGCCCGGGUGUCGCCAGGCCUGCUAUGACCGCGCCUUCCCCAUCUCCCAUUACCGCUUCUGGCUCUUCCACAUCCUGCUGCUCUCCGCUCCUCCCGUCUUGUUCGUCAUCUACUCAAUGCACCAGGCCAGCAAGGGCCCAGGGCCCCAAGGGGAUGGGGAGAGGGAGCAGGAGGAGGGUGACGGCAGCCACAGCCGGCACCUGGCAGGACCCCGGGCUCGCCACUGCUACCUGCUGAGCGUGGCACUGCGUCUGCUGGCUGAGCUGGGCUUCCUGGCAGGGCAGACACUGCUGUACGGCUUCCAGGUGGCACCACAUUUUCUCUGCACCCAGACCCCGUGCCCCCACACUGUGGACUGCUUUGUCAGCCGGCCCACAGAAAAGACAGUGUUUGUGGUCUUCUACUUUGCAGUGGGGCUUCUCUCUACCCUCCUCAGUGUGGCCGAGCUGCUCCAUCUCUUCUGGAAGGGGCGACGAAGCCAAGACAAAGAUUCCCUGUGGCCGGGCAAGGGGGGCGACGGUGAGAAAGACAACCACUGCAACCAGGAGCAGGAAGAGGCCCAGAAGCUUCUCCUGCCGCUCUCCCCACUAAGAAGGGGCCCUCCACCGGGUCCCGCUCCAGAUAACCCACCUGCCUAUGCCCACAAGCUGAAACAGGGUGGCAGUGAGGUCAGCACCAGCAGGAGCAAGUCCUCAGUGUCCACGGUCAGAGAGGACCUAUCCAUAUAAAGAGGUACCCUGCCCCUAGCUCUAAGAUGGGGGAAUCUGUGAGGUAGGGAAAAUGAAGAUGUUCUAACAGGCCAACCUCAGCCAUGGAAGAUCAAAAGCAGGAAACCUGUGGCUUGAGGGAAAGGAUCCUGGAUACAAAGCCAGGAAAUCUGCUUCUAAUCCAGAUCUUGACUCUGAUUUGCACUGUGACCUUGAGCCAUUCACUAUACUGGGUCUGAGGUUCCUCCUUUAUAAAAUAAUGGGGAGAGACAUUUAAGGUUCCUUCUAGCUUUACCAAUCUAUGAUUCUAACUAUCCAUCUCUCCCCUUCAAAGAGCCAUCCCUUUGAGGCCAAUGGUGGAGAAGGCUUAGGGGGAAGCAUUCACACUCCCCAGGGUCCUUCCAGGUAACUCCAGAGGCAGAAUACAAGAACUCUGCAUCGUGGACUGGAAAUGAGGAAAAGGGGGAGAGACUGGGUGAACAGGCUGGUUGUUAUCUUGUAGACCACAGCAACAAUUGUGAUUUGUGGUCGGUGUUACUACACUCUGCAUUUCAUGUUAUGUGACCUUCAGGCUAUUGUGUGGGCUUGUGUCUGGUAUCUGGUGUGACCGUGUGCCUGUGUUUCUAAUGUUACACUCAGGGCCUCAAGCAGAGCAGGCUAUGGCUGCCAGCUUUCACUCAGCCCCAAAGACCCAAGGGUCUCCUACAUAAAAUCAUCCUCUUCUUGCAUUAGCAAAAUAGGCAAAGCCAGAAGGUGGGUAAGGCACAAGCCCCCUCAGGCUGUGUGGUCCCCUGCUAAGGCUGCCCAACAUGCUCAUUAUAACCCAAUUUCUCUUCAACCUCUUGGGGAUGGGAAACUCCCCUCUGCAACCCCAGUCUAGCCACUUGUUUCUCCGUG